AUGGCUGACAGCAAACAUCAAGUGAUAUUUUGUAACGACUCGCCGAAAAGAGUUCUGGUGUCCGUGAUCAAGACGACUCCCAUCAAACCGAAAGCGGCGGACUCUCUGAUGCCCACCAGCCCCGGAUUCAGCGACUUCAUGGUGUAUCCGUGGCGCUGGGGUGAAAACGCGCACAAUGUGACUCUGAGCCCCGGAUCUGGCAGCGGAACCGCCUCGCCGACCCGAAACAGCGGCUCUCCCGCCGAAUCAGAUGAACACCUCAAGCUUUGUUUUAAUCCUCGUGUUUCAGGUUGCAGUAGCCGAUUCACGCAUGCUAACCGUCACUGUCCCAAACACCCAUACGCUCGGCUGAAGCGCGAGGAGCCCGCGGGUGGCUCCGGGAAAUCACAGGGAGCUGACAACAAGGCUGUGGCCGAAUGGCUGGCGAAAUACUGGCAGAUGAGAGAGCAGCGGACGCCCGCGCCGACUAAAGCAAAGACUCUGAGUAAGACCACUAUAGAGGACCAGGAGCAGCAGGACCCUCUGGACUUCCUGCCGUCUGAUGAAGGUGAAGAAGAGGAGCAGGACGAAGAGAAGAGCGGCGGCGGUACGGCGCGGAGGCGUCUCCAGGAGCAGCGCGAGCGUCUUCACGGUGCACUAGCGCUCAUCGAGCUGGCUAACAAUCUCUCCGCAUGAGAAACGCCAGCGACUUCCCUCGCGUCUGAGACCCUCCUGGGUUCAUAUAAGCUACAAGCACCUUAUUUUGCUUCCUGUUGUACCUUUAGGCUGCUAUGAUGGUAGUGAUAUCAUUAUAUGAAGAAUGUCGUCGUUUUCUCAGCUUGUUAAGGAGAUGAUGAGACGUCUCGUGUUCGUUUCGUCGUGCACUUUUGUUGGAAAGAGUGUUUGUUCGUUUCUUUGGGGUGUGUGUGUGUGUGUGUGUGAGUGAGUGAGUGUGUGUGUGAGUG